AUGCGCGUAUUAGAAUUUACAUUGAUUUUAACGAUCUGUGGUUACUGGACACCGGAUUCUUGGACAUCUUUCUACAAACGUCUCCUGUAUCAUGUAUAUGCAAUUUUUAUAUUUGCAUUAAUUAGUACGUUUACACUGUCGCAAUUCUUGGAUCUAAUAUUAAUCGUGGAUAAUCCAGACGAUUUUACUGACAAUUUCUAUAUGCUUCUUGCCAUGAUCGUUUCCUGCUUUAAAAUGUCUAGUUUGUUAGUAAAUCGCGGUAAUAUCGCGAUGCUAACAGAUAUUCUUAUGAAAAAACCGUGUAGACCAAUCGAUCCGGACGAGAUAGAAAUUCGACAGAAAUUCGAUAGACUUAUCGAAGUGAACACGCUGCAUUAUGCGAUUCUAGUUGAAUUCUCAGGCUUAUACGCGGUGAUACAAUCAUUAUUCACGGACUAUUGGGAAGGGAAGUUAACAUUCAGAGCCUGGUUGCCAUUUGAUUACUCCUCGACAGUAUUUUUUCAUUUUAUGUAUUUUCAUCAAUUAAUAGGCUUACUUGUUGGGGCUCUUCUACAUGUUGCUUGCGACAGUCUGAUAUGUGGAUUAAUAUUGCACAUAUGCUGUCAAAUAGAGAUACUGAAUUUUCGCUUGAAAAGAGUCAUACAUGAUCCAAAAGUUCUUCGUGAUUACGUCGUUCAACAUAAUCUCAUAAUCAAGUUUGCCUUUAUGAUAAAUGAGAAAUUCAGAUUAACAAUUACCUUUCAAUUUAUAGUAAGUACAUUAGUAGUAUGUGUUACUUUAUAUCAACUGACCAAGACAAAUGCAAACGUCAUUGAAUUAGGAUUGUACAUGUCAUGCAUGUUGACACAAAUCUUUUUGUAUUGUUGGUACGGGAACGAAGUUAAAUUAAAGAGUAUACAAUUGAUCAAUAACAUAUUUAAAAUAGAAUGGCUUAUGCUGGAGGAAGAUGUAAAGAAAGAUUUAUUGACAGUCACAAGGUGCGGUAUCAUUCCGAUCGAAUUUACGAGCGCUUAUAUUGUCCCCAUGAAUCUUGAUUCGUUUGUGGGUUUGCUCAAGACAUCAUAUUCGGCUUAUAACAUACUUCAGCGAAUGCGAGAUGAAAGUGUCGAAGAUGAAUACAUGAUCGUUAUUUAAUAUUGUCAUAUAUCUUAUCAUAAAAAAUAACGCGAUGAGAAAACACAGAGAUUAAAAUAAUAUUUUUUCAACAUUGUAACA